AUGUCCAACGAGGCUCCAGCGAACGACGAAGUCACGGCCCGGGUCAGGGCCGCAAUUGCCGGCUCCUCCGACCCUCAGCUACCGACCGGCAUCGAGAGCGCCCCACCUCAUCCCCCGGCGGGUGAUCCGGCCCCGUCGUCGCUGAAACAGGCCGAGGCGCCCCAGACCCAAGGGCAAGAGGGAGCCCCUGAGCUUCCCCGAACGGGGGUCGAGGGGGAUCCCAUUACCAUCAGCGAUGGGUCUGGUGGCGACGAGACGUCGACGGGUGCCCGUCCUAUGGACGAGGAGGCCUCGACCUCUCUUGUCGCGGGACGGACGCCUUGGCCUGCCGGUCUUCGCUCCCUCGAGGAGCCGAGGAAGAAGAAGGAGGAGGAGGAGCAAGAGGCAAGGCGUCAACUACAGGAGCAGGAGACGCAACGGCAGCUGCAGGAGCAGGAGACGCAACAGCAGCUGCAGGAGCAGGGCUGCCAACAAGAGUCGCAGGAGCUCGAGGGGCAGCAGCAGCAAUUGAAGCAGACGCUCGAGCAGGCCCAGCCUUCGAUGGCAAAACAGCUCAAGGUGGGAGCGGGCUCCAAGGACUCAGGCUCCUCCGACCCUCAGCCGCCGACCGGCACCGAGAGCGCCCCACCUCGUCCCCCGGCGAGUGAUCCUGCCCCAUCGUCGCCAAAACAAACUGAGGCGCCCCGGCUCCAAGGGCAGGAAGGAGCCCCCGAGCCUCCCCGAUCGGGGGUCGAGGGGGAUCCCGUUACCAUUAGUGAUGGUUCUGGCAGCGACGGGACUUCGAGGGACGCCCAUCCCAUGGACGAGGAGGACCAAACUUCUCUCGUCACGGGACGGACACCCUGGCCUGCCGGGCUUCGCUCCCUCGAGGAGCAGAAGAAGAAAGAAGAGGAGGAGCACGAGCAGGAGAUGCGGUGGCAGCUGUAG